AUGUUGAAAGAUUUGGCCAACGAUAGCUGCUCUGAAAGAACACACCAGAUUGGAAUUUUUGCGUCUAGCACGGGCGAUCAUGUGGAGCCACAAUCAGCGGCGAUUCCUGUUUCAAACGUUGCCAUUGAAAAAGGUAUAUGUGAGGAGGAAGAUGUUGAAGAGAGUGAUGUUAAGAUCGAUAUCGAGGAAAACGAUGGCGAGGAAAUUGUUGUCGAAGAGAGUGAUGUCGAGAUCGAUGGCGAGAAGAGCAUGUUGAGCAGAAACGAUCUUGAUUUGAACUUCGCGAAAGUCUUGGAAAGUGUGAAUAAUCGAGAGGAAGACAUUUCUCAAACAACAAAAUCUCGAUCGCAUCCAGUUAGUGAGAUACCCAGCAGCAUCGAUUUCGAAGAAAGAGAAGAACCAGGAUCGCCAGAAUCAGUCACGUGCCUCAUCACAUUAAUCGAAACGGACGAUACCAACCUUUUGCCUAUAGGAAAUAGGACUAGCGGCGAAGAAAUUGACUCCGCUUCAACAACAUCGGAAGGCGAGGAAUUAACGACCUCAGAAGGUGAAUACCCUUGCGAGAAAAUUGAGCUUCGCGAAGAGGGUAUGGUUAGGUCUGGAGAUUCUACAUAUCGAUCUACUUCGCCGACAAUCAUAGGACUUGACGAUCUAAUCGAAAUAGAUUCAAAAGCUCUUGAUACCAAAGAAGAAGCGGCUCUUGAUUUCCAAUCUGAAGGUUCAAGUACUACUGAAUCUUCCACAUGCGACGGAAUCCCGGAAACUUUGAAGAUUCAAUCUCUAGGCCGCUGGAUGGUUCCAAAGAGUUGCGACACCUCAAACCUUUUAUUCGAAAGCCCCAAACUGAUACCUGAAAGACGCGAGAGCCAAUUAUUUUUGGUGCCCGCCGAGGACGAAAAGGUUGGAGACAAAGAUGCAGAUGAAGACAAGAGUUCUGAAGUGAAAACUCCCGAAAACUUUAUUGAGGAAGAACCCAAGAGUAUCAAUGAUGCUGAGGAUGAGAGUACCGAGUUAGGCAAACAUGAUGGUAGUGAGAUUAGCUUAAAUGAUGGUAGUAUUGGGGUUGACGAUGAUGAUAACGACCAAGCAAAUGAAAAAGAAAACUAUAAAAGUCAUGAUGUUGAUGACGAAGGAGGUGUAAAAGUGGACAAUAAUGAUGGUGGGAAAGCCACAGAAGGUGGCUGCAUUCGAGAAAAAACAGACGAAAACGAAAGCGUUGAAGAUACAGAAACAGAUGAAGCAACGAGCGAAAUCAAGGACAUCAUCAGGCAAAUGUGUGAAGAAUAUACCGCUUGGACUGCAGUCACCACCCAUAAAACCGCGGAAGCAGCGAACAACGAAAGCAUUGCGGAUAUUAUCAAGAAGCUUUGCGUAGGUUUCGCAUGUGUUGAAGUCACGAUAGACGAGACUCCACAAGCAGAAAUUGAAAAGGCCAUAGACGUCGAUGAUAUUGCAUAUCAUGAAGCACAGGAAGCUAAGGGGGAAGAUGUCAACGACACUGAUAUGGCAAAAGAAGAGAGCAUAAUCGAAGUCAAGAAUAAAGAUUAUUCCCUAGAGCACAAAGUCGAGGAUAAUAGAAUCAUGGAUGAGAAUACCGACGUUCACGACGAUAUGACUGCUGAGAUAAAAGUUGAGAAAAGCGUCGAGGUUUCAAUCAAUGAAACCAAUGACAUGGAGAGUGAUCAGCCACUCACGCGGGAGAAUGAGAGCGCGGACGAGUUGAUUGAUUGGGAUUCUACAGUAAAAAAGGUGCAAGAAGAUGGCUCGAGUCUUGGGAAUGAAGGCGGCUAUAUUACCGGUGGCUCUUUGUUGUGGCUUCGUAGCCUUGUCCGCAGGUUGCAACAACAAGGUAAGUCGAAUGAUCCGGAGGUACAAUUGGAAGUACAAUUGGAAGUACAAUCGGAGGAAAAGAAUUCUUUGGUACUUGAGGACGAUAUUAAUGAAGUACAACCAGAAGUACAAUCGGAGGAAAAGAAGGCUUUGCAACUUGAGGAGGACGAUAUCGAUGAAGUACAAGUCGUUUCAACGGAGUUUGCAUAUGACUAA